ACUGUUGUGACGGCGAAACGUUAUCUCCGGAUGAACGGCAGCUCCGGCAGCACCGAAACAGUUAACGGUAGUUAGCAACACUAGCCGUGACGAACCCCCUUGAGGAGUAACAAGUGUUUACUAUUCGGAACUUCACUUUUUAAGUAGCGACAGUGCGCUUUUAAACGUUAGACAACUCAACUUUCUCUCUCAAUAGAGUGCCUGAUCUUACAGAACCGAAACUAAAUAUAUUUUUGACAGAUUAACUUUGAUUGACUUGUUUUAAAGAACUUUAAAAGACUGGGUUUGAGAAGGAAGGAGCAUCACUUGAGAUGUGGUAAUCGACGGCAGCCCGGCUACACAAACCAGCAGGAUGACAGAACCGAGCACGGAGCAGACACAUCACCUGAAAACUUCAGACACCCCAUCAGGUGGGACCGGAGCCGUUUUGGAGCAUCUCCCAGCCAGCGAUCAUGCACCGCCAGAGAACGGCGACAGGGGGCGACAGAGAGACAAGCAGCAGCAGCAAGCGGAAAACGGAGGAAGGGAUAUCAACACAGACAAGUUAUGGCAAAUGCAAGGCGGACAGAGGGAGGUGUGCCCUGCCUUAGCAGCCGGAAACGCGCUCCCCAAGUGCCCAGUUGCAGCCCAGCCUCGCCAGGAGCCUGGUGUUGACGCAUCGGGGGAAGGUAACCUCGCUGCACACGGGAAUAGCGGAGAUGGACCCCUGGAAGAGACUUUAAGCCAGGUGCAAGGGGAGAGCUGUGUGCACAAUCUGCACAUCGACUCCGACACUGGCACCGAUGCGCGCCAGGGCAAGAAAAAGCACAGGCGUCGGCCGUCCAAGAAGAAGCGCCGCUGGAAGCCUUAUUUCAAACUUUCCUGGGAGGAGAAGAAAGCCCUCGAUGAGAGAGAGACGGCGAGGGCUUCCCGGGUGAGAGAGGAGAUGUUUGCCAAAGGGCUCCCAGUGGCCCCUUACAACACCACCCAGUUUCUGAUGGAUGAGCACGACCGAGAGGAGCCCGAUCUGAACACCGAGACUGGGGUCAGACGUCUGGCCGGGCCCGGUGGCGUCGGUUUUGGUGGCCGCAUGGACGAUACGGGCAGCGAGGAGGACUUUUUUGAUAACGAGGAGGAGGAGGAGGAGGAUGGCAGCGGCGGAGGCAGCGACGGCAUCGGGAGGCCCGGGAACGCAGGUGGGGAGUUUCUCCAGAGGGACUUUUCUGAGACCUACGAGAAGUACCACGUCGAGACUCUGCAGAAUAUGACCAAGCAGGAGCUGGUGCAGGAGUACCUGGAGCUGGAGAAGUGCAUGUCCCGGCUGGAGGAGGAGAACAACCGGCUGAGGCGCGCCAUGGAGCCGGGGGGUCUGAGCGAGGAGAGCCCCCUGGUCCGGCUCCGAGAGCUGGAGCUAGAACUGGAAAGACUGAGGGCCCAAAACACUGAGCUCCGCCUGCAGAACCAGCACAGCAAGGACAGGGGCCAGGUCGCCACCAACUGAGGGACUAAAUAAUUUGGAAACCCCCAUCAAAUACUUAAAAUAUGGGACAAAAAACAGGAUUUUUUAUUAUUUUAUUUUUUUUUAAUUGUCAUCAGUUUUCUGUAAUUGGUUCGUCACCUGGACGGUUCGGUCCUUGCAUUGCAAUGCAAUACAAUACUUGAUAUGUUUCUUUUUUCUAUUUGGACUGUAAGGGUGUCCUGUUCAAACUUUUUUUCCCAAGAAGGAAUGUAAAUAUUUCAAGAAAUAAGAUUCUUUUUAUAAAGAGAAUGUAUUUGACAAUAUGAGAAUAUUUUGUUUUUGUUUUCCUGUUCAACUUCGUAAGUAUGCGUUGAAUUAUAUUGUCCCGUUUGCUUUUGUUUUGAAUCAACAAGGCGGUGUAUGUUGCAUUUUCCUCCAAAUUGAAUUGUCCAAACCACAGCUGAUUGGGCCAGCUUGCAAAUAUUUUUCAGAAACAAAUCCCCGAGUGAACAUUUUAACAGUGUGUGAACAUAAGGGCAAAUAAAAUUUUGAAAUUCUGAUAAAA